CGAGUCAAUAAUAUUAUUUUCAAUUUAUUUUACCAAACAUGUCUAUCCUAAAUACGCUGCAUCGAGUGGGAAUGUUAGAACGAGCGAGUUUAUUUCACAAACUCAAUGUAGCAAGAUCCAUUACAUGUUCACUCGCACGUCUUUCGGAAAAUUCUAAAGAGCAGAAUAUUUCGGAGGAAGGUACAAAUGCGUUAAACACCAAACUCAUAAUUACACGCAAGCAGGUUUCAGUCGAGACCAGCAUCAAGUACAUGAUAAGUGAUGCUUACAAGCAGACUUACGGAAACAAUCCAGUGUGGAAAUUAUAUAGAAGAAAUCAUAAAGGAGCACUUCCUCCUAAGAAGACACGAGAAAUGUGUAUAAGAGGUAAUGUCAUCUGUGGAAAUCCCUGUCCCCUAUGUAGAGACGAGUAUCUUGUCCUCGAUUAUAAAAACAUCAAAUUACUGGAACAGUUUAUUAAUGCAUAUAAUGGAGAUACUAUAAGUUACACCAAGACAGGUAUUUGCCAAAAAAAGUACAAGGAUCUUUUAGUUGAGUUAGCUAGAGCUAAGGAUUACGGUACUAUCACAUUUGAUGUUCCUAUAAGACAGUACGAUUAUUCUGAAUGGCAACCAAAGCAUUAAGCUCUAACAAUUAACGCCAU